CACCCCCCGGGGUGGGAGAUCCAUGGGAGGACCAAAGUGGGGGAUGGGGGUGCACCCUGACCCCCACCCAUGGGUGCUGCCCCCCCCCAGAGCCCUUCAGCGUGGCCGGGCGCAUCUUGGGGUACGUGGCUGGGGCCGGGGUCACCCUCGCGCUGCCGGUGGCUGAGGCCAUGCUGACCUGCGGGCACAAGUUCCCCGAUGAGGAUUCGUACCAGAAGUUUGUGCCCUUUGUGGGGGUGGUCAAGGUGGGGCUGGUUGAGGACCCCCCAUCAGCUCCAGGUGAUGGGGAGGAGCUGCCCCCCCCCGGCCUCGCUGUCCCCUCCCCAUCCCCCCCCGGGGGACCCCGUGAGGCUGCGGCCACCCCCCCGGCGUCACCCUCCAUGGCGAGCGGCAGCACCCAGGGCUCGUCGGGGGACGCCCUGGGCCUGCAGGUCGAUUACUGGGGGGCACCCAUGGGUGCUGCGGAGCGGCGGCGGGAGGGGGAGCGGCGCGAGGCCGGGGGGGGCCCCCCCAAAACCAGCCUCAGGGGCACCUUCCGCUCGCUGCUGGUGACGCGGCUGCCGGCACCCGGGGACCCCCCCGGGGGCACCCUCACCAUGAGCCUGGUGACCCGAGAGAAGAACAAGAAGGUGCCCACCCUGUUCCUGAGCAAGCGCCCGCGGGAACCGGACUCCAAGAGCCUGGGGGUGGAGGGGAUCACGCGGCUCAUCUGCUGCCCCCGGCAGCCCCCAGCCCUGCUCUCGGUGACGGUCGAUGGCACCCAAUGGGACGACAUCAAGUUCUUCCAGCUGGCGGCCCAGUGGCCGUCCCACGUCAAGCACUUCCCCAUCGGCAUCUUCGGGACCAAAGCCCCCUGAGACCCCCCCACCCAUGGGUGCUCCCCCCACCCAUGGG